UUGUUUUGGCUAGGCUCCGUUUUCCAGAGACGUCUGUCCUGCUACAUGCUAACGCAGAAUAUUAACUAUGGUGUUGCACUGAUGCUCCCAGGUUGUCACCUGAUGGUCAGAGGCUCGUUCACCACAUUCUAUCCAGACUGACCUUAGCUGCACCAUGGCGGAGCAUUUCCACCUGAACACACCGCUGCUGGAGAGCGUCACCAUGUCCAAACGGGUGGGAACCACCGUCUAUUUAAAAAUGGAGAAUUCACAGCCAUCUGGCUCCUUCAAGAUCCGCGGCAUUGGGCACCUCUGCCAGCAGCUCGCCAGACAGUCCAAAGGAGUUGUCUGCUCUUCAGGUGGUAAUGCAGGUAUGGCUGCAGCCUAUGCAGCCAGAAAGAUGGGUGUACCAGCCACCAUCAUAGUCCCCUCCUCUUCUCCUCCAAUGGUCAUUCAGAGAGUCCAGGAUCAGGGUGCUACAGUCAAGGUUAAAGGGAAGGUUUGGGAUGAUGCCAACGCAGAAGCUCUCAGACUGGCAGAAACUGAAGGACUCACCUAUGUUCCUCCGUUUGAUCACCCCCUGCUAUGGCAGGGCCACGCCAGUAUGAUCUCAGAGGUUGCAGCCUCUCUGGGUCCCAGUGUGAAGCCUGGAGCUGUGGUGGUGUCUGUGGGUGGAGGAGGGCUCCUGUGUGGAGUGGUCCAGGGCCUGAAGGAUGUAGGCUGGAUGGAUGUACCUAUUGUCGCUAUGGAGACAGUGGGGGCAGACUGUUUUAACGCCACAGUUAAAGCAGGGAGGGUGGUCACUUUGGAUGACAUCACCAGUGAGGCUAAAUGUCUUGGAGCGAAGACGGUUUGCAAGCAGGCUUUCGAAUACAGCCAGAGCAGCGAGCUGACCAUCAUCUCUGAACUGGUGACUGACCAGCAGGCUCUGCAUGCUGUCGAAAGUUUCCUGGAUGAGGAGCGUGUGCUGGUGGAGAUGGCAUGUGGAGCAGCACUAGCAGCUGUCUACAGUGGACUCAUACACAGAUUACAGGACGAAGGUCGUCUGCCACGUCUCCUGGGCCCCCUGCUGGUGAUCGUGUGCGGUGGCAGCAGCGUCGACAUGGAGCAGCUGACCAAUCUCAAAAACAAACUACGGACCUAAGCUACUGUAUGUGUGCAAACAGGUGUGUGAGUGUUUGGGUACAGAGGGAUAAAUGUAUUCCUGUCUGAUCAGCUGAAAAGUCAAAGCAUUAAAUCAAGGAGUGAUGUGUGGAUGGACGAAUGAAAGGAUGGACAGAGUAAAGACAAAUACCAGGAAAUAAAAGAAAACAAGAAAUGCAGCAAUUUAUGGUUUAAUUUAGAAGCAAAGGUCUUUCAUGUAAUGUUUCUCAUUUUUUGUAUUGUGUUCCCUUUAACAUUGAAGCCUCAUUUCCAGGUUGCAUAAGAUGCAAUUAAGCUUCACAGAAAACUAUAUCAAUUUUUGCUGUCAUGAAUUAUUGGAUUAGUCAUAACGUGAAUAUAUUUUAACAUAAGCUCACUUGACUGUUAUUAUUCAGUUACAAGGUUUCACCACAUGGUGGUGUCACAGUUCACUGUUCAGAAAUACACCGACCAUCCACUGAGUCUGAACCAGAUACAGAAAACUUUGUGAGGAAAAAACACAGAUUCUUAACCGAUAUUUUAGUGAUGCGAUUUAAUCAUAGAUGAAUUCUACUUCAGUUCAGCUCUGAUAGUCUGAGGGAUAAUAAAACUGCUCUUACAUUUCGUAUUAAUUUAAAGACUCUACAAAUAUUUUAUGCAUUUGAGUUUUUCCUUGUUCUGUUUGUGGGAACAUUUGCAGCCCUGGAUUAUUUUCUCAAGCCAGUAACAAGUUUUAAAUGAAAACAGCAGAGUUUUAAUUGUAACUGGAUUGUUGCAUGUCUUUUUCACAGACACAUAAAACCUAGUGGCCCAGUCAAGUUGCGUUAUGUGUAGGAAACUAUUACUAUGGAAACAGCUCCUCGCUGUACAGCCUGCAUCAGUGGAGAGACUUGAGUUUAACAACCUGCUGAUGGUCUUUGACUCAGUAACUCUCAGAGUACAGGCACAAAAUGAACCCCUUCACUUUUUGCACACUUGAUUGUAUUGAUUUAGUUCUAAAUUGAUAAAAUUGCCAUUUUCACCCAUCAGACCACAGACUACACUCAAUAAGCCAUAAUGACAAAGUGAAAACACGUUUUUAGAAACUGUUGAAUAUUUAUUAAAAAUCAAGAAAUGUCUCAUUUACUUUACAUUUUUAUUCAAAGUCUUAUUUCAGGACUUUGUAGAAGCCCCUUUGGCAGCAAUUACAGCUUUGAGUCUUCAUCGAAGGUGUCAGGGUCAUUUUUCACUAUUUUCUGACAUCUCAUAGACUAAAUGUCUAAUUCUAUUAAUCAAAAAAUAUAAUGAGCAGAUUAAGCUCUUACAGGAUAUAUACAGUGAAUGUAUGAAAUAUUAAAGAGCUUGAAAUGUAUCAUCUAGUAUACAGUACAUUCAUCAUGAAUAUAUUUUCCACAGCCCUGAA